GCUUAUUUGAUGCUGUAAUCAGCAUUGACGUUGGGCAUCUAUCUACACCUCCUAUUAAAGAGCCAUCCGGUGCUCGGAUCUCACACAAGUUCCCAUUUCCUUUACCUACCAUAGCAGUAUCGCAAAGUUGCAGAUGGAUCUCUUUGCUCGUCAUUUUGCACGAGUAUUCUGUACAAAUGAAUCAUGAUAAGACAUAUUGCCAACUAUGUGGCGUCAUCUUCAACAUCAAUCGGAUUAGGACCCGUGAUGAGCCUCGAAGCUCUGCCUGGGGCAAUACUUUCACCAGCAGGCACAAAGGCUGGGACUGGGUUGCAUUAUCAGCCUUUGAUCAAGAGGACUGUCCUGACGGCGGAUGUACUUCUGUUUACCGCGGAAGGCCGAGUUGGGAGCGGAGGAUUCAUCCACGGUUAUAUGAAGAUGAUGUGGACGAUGCUACAUAUGUAUAUGAGGGUGAUGAUGAUGACGAACCCUUGGAGUAUGACUCGAAUGUAGAAGACGGUGAUGACGACGACGACGAUGACGACGAGAUGAUCGAUGAGGGAAGGGAGACAAGCUCUCCCCAGAAUCAGGAGUCAGACGUAGAAGACGGCGAAUUGAUUUUCGAUAUCAAGGGGCUCGACGUCCAAGAAUAUGACACCGAGUUCCUGUCCUUAUCAGCACCCUACGACGAACAUGGAGCGGUAAAGGACGAGGAUAUGGAGAGCGACCGACACAUCAUGGCUCUUCCCGCAGCUCGCAAGUAUGAACACAUUGCCGGCCCAGGCUGUCUCAAUACCCGAGGCUUCCACGGCGAUAUGAUUAGUGCGGAGGAGAUGAUGGACUGCCAAACCGUCCAGGGCAUCUUUCGGAAACCCGAGCACUGGACGCCACGGGACGACGAUAUGGACUUUGAGAGGACGUCAAUGUAUUAUGCCCUUACGGGCCUGUCGGACUUUAUGCCUGCGUCGGGGGCUGGGCUGAGAUGUGCGCCGCAUCGAGGUGAGGCGGAUCAGUGCGAUGCGACGAAUGAUAGCGAUGUUUGGUGCAUGUCGUCUCAGUGGACAAGUCGCAUACUUCCUUUUCAUCCCACAUGUUUUGAGCUAUUCAUUCGGAUAAGUAAACUGCGCAUGGGUCAAGUCCGCCUUGACCCGCUGGUUCGUCUUGAAAGCAACUCUCGCAACGACGUAUUUGGCGAGCGGCACCCCGAUGUUCAAGAUGCAAAGAGCGACGGCUGGCAUUGGAAUUGCAUCCCUGGCUCAGAGUAUCUCGUUGCGAAUCCCGUCUUUGUGCCCAGCUUGAAAGCUCUUUUCGAGGCGGCCAUAUCCAAAGAGGAGAGUUUUAAUGUGCAAUAUAGUCCAUUCAAGGAUGUGUCUGAGACGCCAGAUAUUGGCUAUGAGGCGCAAGAUCCGUUCUUGGCACUACCAGCUGAACUAAGGCAGGCAGUUGUGUGGAACCUCGACUCCAGAGACGUGGCUAAUUUGCGAUUGGCAUCCCGAGCGUUUUACCAUCUACCCAUAUCUUUAUGGCACAGGUUGAUGGUACGAGAAAUGCCGUGGAUAUACGAAGCUUGGUGCGACGACCCUACGCCGUAUCACUGGGCAAUGGCAAACGCAUCAGACUUGAAACAAAUGCGAGAGCAGAGAGAAGCAUACGCUAUUGAACGACGGCGCAGGGCGGAGAUUCUUCAGGAUCAAGACGUCGAGCUUUAUGCCGCCUGGGAAGCGAAUGAACCGAAGAGUCCUCCUUGGUUCGAUUCGCCCCGAUUUCAGGCGCAGUUGCGGCAAUCUGCGGAUGCGAAGAGAGCCAUGGCGCCUAUUAAGCUUCCCCGGGAGAGGACGAACUGGUAUCGCCUUUAUACGGAUAUCAAGGCGAAUGAGAUGACGGUGAAGGGGUUGCGUAACAGGAAGAGGAUAUGGAUGAAUGUAGAACAUAUUGUUGGCGAAGUUGAGAAGGAGUGGGAGAAGGAGUUGCGUGAGAAGCAUGUGGCUUUUACAACUUUGAUGGGAGAGACACUUGAAUCUUUGAAUCUUUGAUGUUGGAUACUCUGUUUGAUAGGGGUAGCGGGGUGAGUUGCUGCUACCUUUUAAUUUCACGUAUCGUUUGCAUGUAGUUGGAUUGAGAAAUGUAUAGCAUAGAAUUGGUCGUC